AUGACCACCGGUGCAACGGACAAGAAGCACUUAGUUCCACUUCUGGAGUUUUUGCGAUUUGUAUCGGAACGAGGCAGGAUCCAAGCAGCCAGAUUUCCGAAGCGGAUCAACGGCGUCACCGACCUGAAAUGCGAACCGUGCGAUUCCGGUAGAGAGGCAGACUCGCUUCCGGUGAAGCAUGAAUUUAAGUGCGAGUGUGCCUACAGCAGCUAUGAUAGCUCUCCAUCCGCGUCGCGCGACACCGCUGUUCCUGUGUUACCAGCUCAAGACUGGCGAAAGCGGAGCCGCUCUGACGAUGAAAUUUCGGAGGUGAUCGUUGGCUCAAGUGCGCCUAUCGACUGCGAGCUUGACUCCAUGACGACUGGAAAGGGAUGCGUCACAUCAAAAUACUUUGACUUCUCACUGCUUGAUGUAGGUGCGGUGCCGAUGAUCGAACCAGCUGUGGAAGUCCUCACGAAAGAUGUUGCAAAGCAAAUACAAGGCAAGGGAUGCUGCUACGUGCUUCCUGGUACUUCCAUGGUUGUGACAGGUGACAUUGUGGAUGUUAGCCUCACGUCGGAAACGGUUCUCGUCUCUCCUGACCGUGGAUUACGAGUCGGCCUGGAAUGGGUGUCGGUUCGGCGCGUUUUCCACGUGCCAAAGAACAUAGCGGCUGUGCGGGAGGAAGCGGCGUUCCGCAUUCAGCGUAUCAUCGAGGCGGAGCGGCGAGGGGAACGGACACCAAGGUUUUCCCCUGUCCAGCUGGCGGAGAAUGCAGAAGAUCUGUCAUCACCUCUGUCACCCGAAAGCCAUGAGGACGCGUAG